AUGCCGUCAAUGAGCUACCAUCCGUCUUACUUUGGUAAGGGUAAGGCCCAAAACUUCAGCAUCAUUCUGUCGCUUCGCGGAGGCGCGAAAAAGCGAAAGAAGAAGACGUACACGACCCCAAAGAAAAACAAACAUAAGAAGAAAAAGGUCAGGCUAGCUGUUCUGAAAUACUACAAAAUUGACGAAAAUGGCAAAAUCAUCCGUCUUCGUAAGGAGUGUACGGCAGAAAGUUGCGGGGCUGGCGUUUUCAUGGCCAAUCAUUUCAAUCGCCAGUAUUGCGGCAAAUGUUACCUGACCUUGGUAGCACAGGACCCGAAACAGAGAGAGGGCAAAGGAGCAGGAAAAUCAAAGAAAUAA